AGGCUCUAUUUGGUGCUCAAGGGGUUCAAGUGAGUGGCGUAACGCACUGUUAAGACGGCAAGAAACCUUGCUGAACAAAGAACGCCUAUAGUUCGACUAAUGCAUCGUCUGGCGUACCCUGCACCGUCAGGUAUCUAUUGGGUAUACCUACUUAAGGGUCUCCCAUGUUACCAAGCGGAACGUUUAGCUCGAUAUAUGCUAGCGGAACACACUCCGCCUUAUUCGCCCAUGAAUGGUCAUUUCGGGUACAAGAAUACCACACGUUCGCUCAAAAAGCUCGAGCUACACACUAGGCAUAAGGAGUUGACUGUACAGUUUGUUUGCUUCAGAUUCCUGGGAACCCAACCCUGGAAUAAGGUCCGAGCUCCACGAUUGGCAGCCACGUUGUGUGCGCAAUCGAGUAGGGUUCAACCUACUGCUACACGACAACGCUAUUCACAGAACAUGCGCCGUACAUCAUCAUCACACUCGACGUCCUUGCGUCCACGAAGCCUUUGGUCUAGUGCCACCUCAUACUUGACGCGUUGUGUGACUAGUAAAAGGACAGUGUCCUCAGUUGAUGACGUUCCCGCUAUACGAGAAGACAAUUGAUAUCCAAUUUACACACAUAGCACGACGGUCAGACCGACCUUUUCGCUAAACCUUGGUCUGGUCUUUUCUCCGUUACAUUUUGCUGUACACACGGGAGACACAUCGUAUAUGGCAUUGAAGCCGUCCCUGG